GAGGCCCUGGGCGAGCGGGGUCGCCGUUAUUUGGAUGCCGAGUUGAAACAUGCUCAUUGAUGACCAGCCAUCAGCUGAUUGGUGAUCCUGUUGUGCCAGGGAGCUAAGUGAUCUGUUACAAGUGAACAGCUGUGAUGCAUCAUCAAGACUAUCUUUUUAAUUUUGAGUUUUCUACUGGUACAGUUAACUGCAGCUUGUCUACCAAUGUUUCUAUACCAUGCCACUAUUCCUUGGAUGAACAGGUGUGCAGGAUAUCCAAGCUGAAGAGCCUGCCUUCAUAUAUUCUUCCAGAGCUCAGGCAGCACCUGGGGGAUUUUAUUCAUGAAAAGACUGCUGAGUUUGAGAGAAAGAACACUCCAGAAAUCACUAUAGCUGAUGAUGCAUCUGCCAUAGAAAGCCUGGCCAAAUCAAUACAAGACCUGCAUACCAAGGAGGUGCUGGCAUACGCCGGGCCGAACACCACCAGUACAGAGGAGCUGUGCGCCGACAUAUACGGCCAGGUGGUGCGCUCGGCGGCGCUGGACGCCAUGCUGACGCUGGAGCAGACGGCUAGUGGCGAGAUGGCCGCCUGCGUGGAGCAGCGCGACCGGGAGCUGGCGGAGCUCGCUGCCAGGCACGGCGCCGACAUGGACCUGGCGGUGGCGUCCCGCAGCCCGGAGCACGUGAACGCGCUGGCCGCCCAGCAGUUCGAUGACUCGCAGCUGGUCCAGAGCCGCUGGGAGAGUCACCUGCUCACCCUGCGCCAGACGCAGCGCGAGAACUUCUGGAACUGGCUCACCGGCGUGCACGAGCGCGUGCAGCUGGGCGACACUGACAUUCCCAGACCGGUGGCGCCGCCGACCUCCGCGCAGUCGGAGCCGGUGCCGCCACCGCCGCCGCCGGCGCUGGAAGAGAGCUUCACCAUCCACCUGGGCACUCAGCUGAAGCAGAUGUACAACCUGCGCCUGCUGGCCGCCGACGUGCUGCAGCCGUUCAGCUACCGCGGCAGUUCUAACGAAGUGGACCCCAGGCGGAUACAGACCGCCAUGGAUCUGUACUCAAACUCGCUAUCCGGCCUGGUCCUCCUGGUCGACAACAGAAUCAACUCGUACACCGGACUGAAGAAGGAGUUCGCCGGUCUGGUGUCGCGCGCCACGGAGCUGCACUUCCCGGCGCUCGACUCUCAGCUGGAAGAGAUCCGCAACACCGUGCCGGAGGUGUGCGCGUGGCGGGCGGCGCGGCGGCCGGCGGCGCCGCUUGGUGAGGCGGAGGAGAGGCCGGCGGCGGCGCAGGCCCAAAUGCGCCCCGGCGACAUGUACCUGACGCGGCACUCCAACCUGGCCGCCGGCCACCUGGCCUACCACAUCGUGACGGACGACACGCUGCGCGGCGACAUCAACUCCCGCCACCCGGUCAUCCUGGCGCUGCGUAACGUGCUGAAGGUGGCCUUCCUCGGUGACGUCACGACCCUCAGUAUCCCGCUGCUGCUCAGCCACGAGAUGAGCGAGGAGAUGACAGUGGCCUGGUGCAUGAAGAGGGUCGAGCUGGUGUACAAGUGCGUCAAGGGCUUCAUGAUGGAGAUGGUCGCCUGGGGCGGCAGCGAAACCAGGACGAUCCACUUCAUCGUGCCCAAGGCCAUCUCGGAGGAGGUGUUCUCCAGCGUGGCGAGUAUGCUGCCCAACAUAUUCCGCAUAUCGAACCCGCUCGUGGUCAAGAGCUCGUGACGGCCGGGGCGACCUCAGCUGGCGUCCUGACCGACACGCAGGGCUGACGCAGCGCCAGGCGCGCCGCGUCGGCCGCGCGGCCGGCGGACAUUGUACUCCGCUGCUUAUUGGCGCCGCAGCCGGCACACCGGA